AUGGGUCUUUUCAAGCGGAAAGAUUCAAAACAUUCCAUCCAGAGCGACAAGGACGAUCCGGAUUCCUAUUCUAACCACAGCCGGACUUCCACUGCGUCGCUCAAGUCUCCAAAGAUCAUGUCCAGCAGUACGCUUCCCGCGCCCAUUCCUGAAGUUCCCAUUUCAAAGCCUCCGGAUCCCAGUCUUGAUCCGGCGGCGUAUCUUCGAAGUAUCCAUGCGGUUCGGGAGCGGUCGAGAAUCGUCUUAGAGAAGGCGAGGCGGAACCAGUUGAACCAUUUCGACGUGGACAUGAGCAAGUUUGAAGCCACCGCCUCCUAUGUUGUCUCUAUCAUAAAGAGAGACUACGCCCCUGACUACAAAUCAAUUCCUCCUCACGGCCGUUGGCAACAUUUUGAUGUAGGCGGAAGACCUCGUAUCAAUCAGCUUCUGCAAUCUUGGCCCAGCACUAUCGAUGCGCAAGAACGGACUAGGAGGCUGAUUGACUUGUUCGUUGUCUCCGUCCUGUUGGAUGCAGGCGCAGGCACCAAAUGGUCAUACAAGUCCAAAGAGUCUGGCAAGAUAUAUUCCCGCAGUGAGGGCCUGGCGGUGGCGAGCCUGGAGAUGUUCAAAAGCGGGAUGUUCAGCAGUGAUCCCACCGAGCCCUGUCAGGUGGAUGGGGCCGGACUGAAGAAGAUAACGGUCGAGGUGCUCGCCAAAGCCAUGCAGCAUUCGGAGCAGAAUCCCUUAGCGGGCAUAGAAGGCCGUGCAGGACUCCUGGCAAGACUUGCGGAAGCUUUGAACAACCAAGAAUUCUUCGGCGUCGAUGCCAGGCCUGGAAAUAUGUUAGACUAUCUUCUUUCGCACCCUACCACCCUCGCAUCGUCUGUGCCUAUUGUCUCCGUGCCUACUUUGUGGUCGGUCCUUAUGGACGGCCUGUCUGGGAUUUGGCCUCCUUCGCGAACGCAGAUUGAUGGAGUGUCCCUUGGCGAUGCGUGGAGGUGUUCCGCCUUACCCCAGUCGCCUCCAGCCCAGCCUUGGGAGGGCAUUGCGCCUUUCCAUAAACUGACUCAAUGGUUGUGCUACUCCAUCAUGGUGCCUAUGACGAGAUUGAUGAAAAUUCAAUUUGCCGGUAGCGAGUUGCUUACUGGUCUUCCCGAGUAUCGCAAUGGCGGACUUCUCAUCGAUAUGGGACUCUUGACCCUCAAAGAAAAAGACAUGCAGCGGGGUCUGGAGGCCUACAGAGAGAAUGCCCAGAUUAAAGGCCAGCCCAAUGUGGAAGUUGUUCCGCUUUUCAGAGCCGACGAUGAUGUUAUCGUCGAGUGGAGGGCUGCCACCGUAGGCUUCUUGGAUGACCUCCUCGAGGAGGUGAACCAUCAACUGGGUCUCAGGGGAGAAGACGCCCUGUCUCUUGCACAGUUGCUUGAAGCUGGAACUUGGAAGGGCGGCCGUGAAAUCGCUGAAGUCUCGCGACCCAACACCAAGGAACCGCCGAUAAUGAUAUUGUCCGAUGGUACCGUGUUUUGA